AUGACUAAAGAAUGUAUGCGUAGUAAUGCAUGCCAGGUGGCUGCCCUAGAAGAAAAAUGUACUACUUUAGUGGUAAGCAAGAUUAACUGCAGGAGGUCACAGAAAGGAAAAAAGCCAGUGCCUGUAAGUAAAGUGCGAGCAAUGGUUGCAAACCCCAUAUGGGAUCCUGAAGCACCGCUACAGUCAUCUGAUGAUGAGUAUGUAUCCUUUUCUGAUGAUGAUAAUGAUGUGGACAGGCGACAAGCCCGUCCUAUCUUUACACAGCAGCGGAAGAGGACAUUACAAGAUAGAGCGCGUGGUUUGAGAAAUGGUGUACAUGAAGAGAUGAAUGAAGUGGUAAAAAGUUACACACAAACAGAGCUCAUGGAGCUGGCAAAGGUGUAUAAGCAUGAAGUUGGUGAAAAUGUGGAAGAAUGGUUAUUGCGCAUGUGGGAUGGAGGAGCUGACAGUGUGCAGUUGAAUGCAAGGGAAGCAUUAUGUAUGGGGCAGCUGACGCUGCAUCCACAGCUCAUGCAGGUAUUACGGAGGGUGAGGGAGAUUGGAGGUAAUUUUUCAUUAUUUGAUAUGGUGCGGCAUGCCAUAAUUGUGGCCUUCCCAUCUAGCAAUGACAUUGAGCCCAUUUCACCCUGGUCAAAACCGAGGGAUGCUAUUACCCGCAUUAGAGUUAUGGGUUGUGUGGUGGGAUUAAACAAGGAUAACUGGGAAGGUCCAGACAUGGAGGAAUUCACAGCCAGCAUGCGGUCUCGGUUUUUAAAAAGUGCACCCCAGGAAAUUAAGGCAUCUUUAUUGUCUUUGCUGGGCAGUUUGGGGAAUAAUGUAAAGGUACAUCAGCUCACCACUUAUUUAGCUGAAAUUGGAGAAUUAGAGUCAGAAUCUAACCCUAGGAAAGGUGUGUUUGCCUCUAACAGGACGAGGGAGGAGAUGGUGGAACCAAUAGAGGGAGAAAAGCAGGGAAAGUUUAGGAAUAAAACAAGGCUGAGAGUUAAUCGUUUUCAAAUGUGGAAUGAUUUGAUUGAGGCUGGUGUACCUAGAGAACAAAUUAAUGGAAUUUCAACACCUGCCAUGUUUGAAAAAUGGUUAAAACUAAAAAAAGGGUCUAAUAAAAAG